UUUUAUGGAACUCAACUCAGUCUCAGUAUCAGAACCCACAAAUUCAAAUCACUGAGCUCCGAACGGUCAGUUAGGGUUUUUGCUUCUUUUCAGAGAAGAGGAAAACAAAAACAAAAACAAAAAAAACAGAGUUGAGCUCUGAAUCUGUGAAGAAGAAAACCCAAAAAAAUGGUGGUCGCGAAACAAUCAAACUACGAAGAGUUUCGUCUGAAAAGAGUGGAAGAGAACAAGAAACGAAUGGAAGCUCUGAAUCUUCCAAAACUCUCUCAAAAUCUCAAUCCCACUUCUCUCAAGACUUCCCCAAUGAAGAAGAGAUGUAUUCCUCGGACACCAGAGAAGCAGAUGGUGAUUGUUCGUCGAUCUAGCCGUCUCUCUAAUUCUUCUUCUACUCCUGUUUACAAAGAAGUUGAUCUCCAUCGAGUUCAGAAUCGUAGAAGGGGGGUGAGUAAAAGUAAAAGGAGAGACUUGUCGAAUCGGGUUUAUGUUUCUGACAAAAUCAGAGACGAGGCUAUUGCAAGAGCUGAGAAAUUUCAAGCUGAUUUGGGGAGUGAUUACCCAAGUUUUGUUAAAUCUAUGCUUCAAUCACAUGUUUCUGGUGGCUUCUGGCUGGGUCUUCCAGUUCAGUUCUGUAGAUCCUACCUCGGGAAACAUGAUGGUGUCAUAACUUUGAUAGAUGAAGAAGGGGAGGAGUAUGAGACCAUCCACUUAGCGAAGAGGACUGGACUUAGUGGUGGAUGGAUGGGAUUCGCGAUUGCUCACAAUCUAGCGUAUGGGGAUACUCUUGUUUUCGAGUUAGUUCGCCCUACCGCUUUCAAGGUUUACAUUAUAAGAGUUGGAAGUUCUGGAGAAAGCUCCGAGAUAUGAGCUGAUCAUGUCAAGAAGUUGGAAAUGGCCCGAGUUAGAACUUUAUUGCCCUUUUUGUCUUUUGUGCUCUUCACCGCUAAAAUCUGAUAUAUGGUUAACAAUGUUUUGGAACUUGGAAGUGGUUAUUUCCAUUAGUGUAAAACUCUUUUAAUCUUGGGAAUGAGAGAUAAAAACUAAAUUUGGUUUUAUGUUUAAA